CCGACGCCGCCAUGAGCGCCGCGCUCUUCAGCCUGGACGGCCCGGCGCGCGGCGUGUCCUGGCCCGCGGAGCCCGCGGCCUUCUACGAGGCGGGCCGCGCGGGGAAGCCGGGCCGCGGGAGCGAGGCGGGGGGCGCGGCGGAGCCGGGCGCCGCGGGCCCCGCCAUGUACGACGACGAGAGCGCCAUCGACUUCAGCGCCUACAUCGACUCCAUGGCCGCCGUGCCCACCCUGGAGCUGUGCCACGACGAGCUCUUCGCCGACCUGUUCAACAGCAACCACAAGGCGGGCGCGGGGGCCGCGGGGGGCGCGGCGGGCGCGGCGGGCGCGGGCGGCCUGGAGCUGCUGCCCGGCGGCCCCGCGCGCGCCCAGGGCCCGGGCCCCGCUGCCCCGCGGCCGCUCAAGCGCGAGCCCGACUGGGGCGCGGGGGACGGCGACGCGGCCGGCUCGCUGCUGCCAGCGCAGGUGGCCGCGUGCGCGCAGACGGUAGUGAGCCUGGCGGCCGCGCAGCCCACGCCGCCCACGUCGCCCGAGCCGCCCCGCGGCAGCCCCGGGCCCAGCCCCGCCGGCGCCGCCCGGGACAAGACUGCGGGCAAGCGGGGCCCGGACCGCGGCAGCCCCGAGUACCGGCAGCGGCGCGAGCGCAACAACAUCGCGGUGCGCAAGAGCCGCGACAAGGCCAAGCGGCGCAACCAGGAGAUGCAGCAGAAGCUGGUGGAGCUGUCGGCCGAGAACGAGAAGCUGCAGCAGCGCGUGGAGCAGCUCACGCGGGACCUGGCCGGCCUGCGGCAGUUCUUCAAGCAGCUGCCCAGCCCGCCCUUCCUGCCGCCCGCCGCGGCCGCCGACUGCCGGUGACCCGCCGGCCCGCGCGGGCUCCCCAACGACCGAUACCUCAGGCCCCGCGGCCGCCGCCGCCGCCGCCGCCGCCGCCUCCGCGGAAGCUACGCGACUCUUGGCCCUUAAGUUAUUUUUAUACCGGUAGCUUUUGGACACCUCCCUGUGGACGCAGCUAAGGUACAUCUGUAAGCAAAAGGACUUUCCGGACAAGCCCCUGUAUUGUAGAUAAGAGGAAGCGACGGAGCAUGCUCACUUUUUUAUAUUAAUUUUUACGGUAUUUGUAAGAAUAAAGCAGCAUUUACACCCA